CUCAAGCCUAUGUGACAUUUGAUGAUGAUGAAGUCUGCUAUGCAGAUUAUAAUCAAAGUCUUGUUAUUUGGAAAAGCAAAAUACCGACAUCUUCACGCUAUGAAAUGGCUUACCACUAUGCAGAAUAUUUUCGAAAUGUAUGCAACAAAGAUAUUUAUAGAUGGAAACCUGAUGAGUCAGUAAAAAAGACUAAAGGUAAUUAAAACUCAACUUGUGUUCCAACAUUUGUCACUGUUACUAUUUGAUUAAAAUUAUAAUAACUAAAUAACACUGUGCUGUUUGAACUGUCAGACCCACCAGAAGUUGUGAUUUACUUCAGAGAUGAAAUGAUAACCUAUGAAGAGAAUACCCUCAUCUGCUUCGUCUACGACUUUUUCCCUCCUGUGAUCAAYAUCAGAUGGUCUAAGAAUGAUGAAGAAGUGAUGGURGAAGCUCCUUUCAUCAAAACUGUUUCCAACUCUGAGGGGGUGUUUCACGUCUUCUCCUACCUGAAGUUUGUUCCACAAGAAGGAGACACCUACAGCUGCACGGUGGAACAUGAAGCUCUGGAUGAACCCAGGACCAGGAUUUUGGUUGUUGACACAGAUGAGAAGAGCCGUGGUCCAGCUGUUUGCUGUGGACUUGGUCUGACUCUUGGACUUCUUGGAGUUGUUGCAGGAACAUUCUUUUUUGUGAAAGGAAAACAAUGUCAAGAUGCUGGUUAAUAUAGUAUGUUUAGAUCUCUGUUAAAGGGAUUUUAAUGCUUUGCGGGAGGCUGAURCAGAGUGGUUAGUGGAGUCGUCCUGGACCCGGUAGGUCGCUGUUUCGAUCCCCCCAUUCCAGCUGUCUCAGAUGUGGUGUCCUUGGGCAAGACACUUCACCCCCAAUGCCUCUGAUGUGUGUCCCAUCAGUGAACAAAUGUGAUUUAAACCACUGAUUAGUCUCCUUAAGUGAUUUGUAAGUUAGCUUUGUAGAAACUUUGUAGAGUGCUGUGUGAAUGGGUAAAUGAGGGCACAGAUUGUGUAAAGCAUUUAAAGUAUCCUAGUUGGGUAGAAAGGUGCUAUAUAAGUACAGUCCAUUUACCAUACUUCGCACAUCAGAAAAUGUUUAAUAAAUGCACUUAAUGUCACAGAAGAUCUGUCUCACCCACUCCAUCACUCGUUCCAGCUGCUCACAUCAGGCAUGAACUUCCUCUGGCCCAUGAAAACAUUUAGUUUAGUUUAGUUUAUUAAUUUCGUUCAAAAAC